AUCGCGUUGCAAAGCGCAAGGCCCACACCAAGUCGCGUAGAGGCUGUUUCAGUUGUAAGACACGUCAUACCAAAGUAAGUCCACGACUUUGGCGUGGCCAAUCAGAGCAGCCUGAGAGAGCUCCUUCACAUGUUGCAAUGCAACGAGGUCCGCCCACGAUGCGGAAAUUGUGUCAGACUCGACAUCCACUGCAACUGGCCCAUAACCCAAAGCCAGUACUCAGCAUCAUCACCACAGUCAAAUGGGAGCAACCGCCUUUCGCCUAUUGUGAGAGACCAUCAGCCCGCCCACAGCCCUGCUAACUCUGAUGCGAGCGAGUCUGAGCUGUCAUUACCGGACCUUCGCUUACUGCACCAUUGGAUGUCGAAGUGCUACUCAUCUCUACGUCCCUACCAGAUACCUUUCGAGGAGGACAACCUUUGGCGCGACCAAUGCACAGAGAUUGCUUUCCAGCAUCCUCCCCUCCUCCAUGGCUACCUGGCUCUGUCUGCGGUGCACAAGGCACUCACGGUGUCCGGCUCAGAUCGACAAAGUCUGCUUCUGCAGGCCGACUCACAUAUUUCUCGUGGUCUGGUUAUCUACAGGAAGCAUCUCGAGGCCCCCAACAUCGAACGAGCUAUCCCAAUGUUCAUGACUUCUACAAUACUGUUUACGUACAAUCUUGGCUCAGCACAGCUGGAGAAGCCUGAAGAUCCAAUCGAUGGCAUACAUCAUUGCUUUCGUCUCCUUGCCGGUAUCAAGAUGGUGGUCAUGCCGUUCUGGCUGCAGAUCAAGGACACCAGCAUUUUCUCGCACCUUGUUGAUUUGGCCGAAGGCGAUGAUACUGACUGCCUCGACAUAAAAGGCAAAGACGACUCAACUCCGCAGAUUCUAGCCCUUAAUGAGGUAACUGGACAUCUGCUCAACGCUGAGGAUAGAGAGGCGUGCCUUGCUGAGAUUGGUCAGCUUCACAAGACCUCUGUGCGACUCCGUCAUGUCUCUGCGCGUAGCGACGAGUAUUACCUGAUCCUGGGCUGGGCCGCUCAACUACAAGAGCGUUUUAUGCACCUGAUAUCAGCUCACAAUUCAGUUGCCUGCAUCAUCAUCGCUUUUUUUGCCGCGCUCCUGGCACAAGCUCGCCCAGUCUGGUGGGUUGGCAACUGGCCGCAAUGGCUCCUGGCAGCCUGCGAACAAUUGCUUGCAGCAACACCCGAACUCCUCAGGUGGCUGGAAUGGCCUCGACAGAUCAUUAAAACAAGAACCAGGAGCAUCGUCUCUACCCCAAUCUCCUUCGAUCAUUCUAGUACUGGACCUUGAUGAUAGUAUCCCAAAGCCACUAAGACCGAGCGAGAAAAUCGGGCCCAAGGUGUCCCAGUUAUCACCAUAUCAGCUGCCGAAUAGUCCUUGUACCACUUCCCCUAAUUUCUGCUUCAAAGGAGCCGUGCAGACGUCCUGUCAAUUGUCAACUCGCGGAAUAAUAAGGGAUGACCUGGUUCGUUCGCCGAAAGACCUGAGCUGCGGCACUGCAUGCCCAGCUCAUUGUGCCUCGACAGAUGC